CGUUAAAGGAAAUGCACUAAAGCUGAAGCAAAUGAGAAAGUAAAAACCAAUUAAAACCCUAGUUUAACUUCAAAAUAUGUUCCCGGUUGUUAAAGGAAGGGCCUUUUGCUUUGUCGAUAUAAAUAUAUGAGGAGAGUACAACAUCACCUUCAUAUGCUAUAACACCAAAUCCCUCAUCUCUUAUAUUACUCACUUACUCUCAUCCUGAUCAGAAGAAGAUGAAUAGGCCGGGAGAUUGGAACUGCAGAUCGUGUAGCCACCUCAACUUCCAGAGAAGAGAUUCAUGCCAACGUUGCAGAGAGCCUAGACUGGGUGGAAUAAGUACCGACUUACUCAGCGGUUUUGGUAGCCGCCCAGUCAAUAACUCCUUCGGUUUCAACACCGGACCGGACGUGAGACCGGGUGAUUGGUACUGCAACCUUGGGAAUUGUGGGACGCACAAUUUUGCCAAUAGGUCUAGUUGUUUCAAGUGCGGUGCCGCCAAAGAUGAGUUUUCAAGCUCAAGUGCCGCUGCAACAACGGGGUUUAUAGACAUGAAUAUUGGUCCAAGACGUGGGGGCCCUUUUGGUUUUGGCAGCAGCAGUGGCGGUGGGGGCACUGGCACAGGCCGUUCUCCUUGGAAAUCUGGAGAUUGGAUUUGCCCAAGGUCAGGCUGCAACGAACAUAACUUCGCAAGCAGGUCAGAGUGCUUUAGGUGUAACGCACCAAAGGAACCUGCCACCGAACCACCCUAUUAGGCUCAUCAUCUUCAAAUUCAUCAGAAAGCAGUAAAGGAGAGAAAACUGAUGAAAGCAUUGGAGCACGAUCUUAGAUACCGGCCCGGCGACCCUUUAUGUCGUGAUGAUUUUUUAUUUGCUUUCCUUAGAUUUGACUCCUCUCAUAUCUCGUAGCACCCUCUUGUGAUCUGGUUAUUUUAGAAUAAGCAAUGCGAGUUUUUCGGAAGUGUUUAGUUCUAAUGUUGAUCGGUUUACUAGCUAGUACGUACGUACGUUUGUUUUAAUCUAUUCUUACUUUUGUUAAACUUGUUGCAUUAUGAAUUUAUGAUUCUACAAC